GAUGAUCUUGAGCCUAACUUCACUCGUAUUUUGAACUGUCAGCUGUGGCAACAGGUGAUACUUGUUGAAAUUAUGGUGUCGGAUUUUUCGAGUUUUUUUGUGAAAAUUGAAUGAAACUAAGUGAACUUUUACUGUGUACGUUUGCACGAAGGUUGGAUUCUUACUUUGAGUUAGUUUAUUGAGAAAAUUUUUGUGUUUUUGCAUCAAAAGGGGCCUAAAUUUGCUAAAAAACUUGGUUGACUGAAAGCAGCUGCGCACAAGCCUAGAUUUUGCCCGCGUAAAAAUUGCCCAUCUUCCAUUACUUGGCGGGAUAAAAAGAGGGUGCUGGGGUAUUUUUAGUUCGUUAUGUAGAAGCUCCACGUAGGUAAAAUCGUUCUUGGGUCUUCUACUAACUGUAAAGGCUUUAUAAAUACUUAAAUAAGUCACAAAUAAGUUCUAGAUCAUCUAAUUUACACAGUACAUUUGUGUUUUAACUUGGAACUAACCAAAAAACUUGUGAACCACUUGGAGAAAUUAUAGUGAAAAGUCCUUAAGGAACUAAUUAUAUUCCCGGAGAAUAAUACCCACCCCAAAAUGAGUCACCUUAAAACCGUCGAAGUUAUAGAGCAAGAAACCCUUGACAGUCCCGAUGCCGAAAAUACCGAUUUGCUUAACAGGCUUGAGGAAGAAAAUUAUAGUGAAGCCAACAAGUUGCCCUUCCAAGAAUUGCUAAGAAUGCACACAAAGCAAACAGUAUGGGGUUUCAAAUAUGGGCAAAAUAUUAGAGAAAGCGCCCUGGCUAGGGAUAAAUGUUUGUUGGAGAGCAGUGAAAAGAAAAGAGAUACCGAAUCGGGAUGUAAGAGUGAUGCUGCACCAGGAAGCUGUACGAAAUCAGAACCAGGACCGUCAUCUUCCCAAGUUUGCACAACAGAAAAAGAUCACAAAACUCCACACUCCCGUAAAGAGGGUAGAAGUGCGAGGAGUAGAACGAGCAAAAGAAAGAAUAGUUCUAAGCAAGAUUUCGGCUCACCAAGAAAGACUAGGUGUGUACCAUUGCCUUUAAUGAACUGGGCGGAUAGUAAAGAAGUUUGGAUGUAUAUGGUUUAUAAAGAAGAAGCCUCACUGAAUCUUCGCAAUCCCCGACUCUUUGAAAACUUUACAAAUUUUAUGCCACGCAUGCGUGCUAUUUUGUUAGAUUGGGUGAUGGAAGUUUGUGAAGUUUACCAUCUCAGGAGAGUGACAUAUUACUUAACCGUCGAUUACUUUGACCGGUUUCUUUCACUCAGGCCCGAUGUUCCUAAAAGUCAAUUACAAUUGGUUGGUGUCACAUGUCUAUUUUUGGCAUCUAAACUAGAAGAAGUUUACCCUCCAAGACUAUCAGAGUUUUCUUAUGUGUGUGAUGGAGCAUGCAGCCCUGACGACAUUUUAAAUUGUGAAUUGUUAAUAUUGAACAGCUUGGGAUGGGACUUAAAUGUUAUGACACCCAGUGAUUGGUUAAAUCUAUAUAUGCAAAUACAUUUUCAGGCCCCUAGUGUUGUAAGAAGACGUUUACACCAAGACACAACAAGAAACUUCCUUUUUCCACAAUACUCUGGAUAUCAAUUUACUAGGGCCUCACAGCUAUUGGACGCAUUUAGUUUAGACCCAGGUUUUUUGAAAUUUUCAUACAGCACCCUCGCAGCAGCAGCAAUGUAUUUUAUGUAUGGUAAACAAGUGGCAGCGGAUGUAUCUGGUUUAACAUGGGACCAGCUUCAGCCAUGCGCAGAGUAUAUGGCAGCGUUUUAUUUGGUUUUGAGAGAUACUCCGGACCCAAGAUUAAUAAGUUGUAAAUCAGACACACCUCAAGACGACAAAGGAUUUCCCAAUUUAGAAAGCAAGAGGCACAGAAUUCCGCAAUUAGUCAAAGAUGAAAAUCACAGUCUGCAAACUCACGUCGUUAAUAUGGAAUAUUUCGAAAAGUCAGCUAUUAUUAGGUUAGAACAGAUGGGUCUUAAAGUGGAAAGAACCUACGUAAGCAAAAAUAAGAAAAGUAGCGCACAAUCCCCAGGAUCACCAAAAACUCCCGAUGAUACUAAAGAAAACUCAAGACCAGAAGUUGAGGAAAACGAAGACCUUGUUUGUAUGUACGACGUAGAGAAGGUCGGAUGUGACGCAGUAGCUUUAGACGACUCAGAUAUCAGCAUAUCAAACGUGUCAUCACCAGACGCAGAUUUAAUCCUAGCAGAUGAUAAAGCCCUGAUGAGCUUCGAUGAGAUCCUAGAAGGCAUCGUGAAAUGCAAUCAAAAAAAUUUUCCCGGUCAUACACUAAUAUCACCAACAAAGGAUGAAACUUUACAAAGGUUAGACUAGUACUGCGGAACGAAAAACGUAGUUAGAUUUUUAAUGUAUAAUAAUUAUUUUAAAUGUUAUUUUUGUUAAUUACUCUAAUAUCAUAUUUUAGAUGAUAUUUUUAAAGGCUCGAAUUGAUUGGAAAUGUGUUCAUAUGUUUUUACUAUGACAAGGUUAAAAAAAACUGAUUUUUUUUUUAAUUUCCGUUGCACACAAUCACAUAUUUGUCAAUAUUUUUUUUGCAACUGGUAUUGGGAUUAUGCUGUUAUUCGUUUUCUUCGUAAAUUGUUAAUAUUUUGCUAAAAAAUAGAUCACAAAUAUUUAUAACAUUGGGUUAAAUGACUUUUAUAAAUCUUUAUAGGCAAGGAUCUUCGAUUUGUGAGCCUUAAUAUUUAUAGUUUUUAAUUUUGUCAUAUUUAAACAUAUUAAUACAUAUUUUGAUCAGUUUUACCAAAAAAAAUAAUACAAUUUUUGGUGGAGUGUAUUUCAUGUGAUAUUCGGAUUGCAUUUUAUAUUCGGUAUAUGGUGUGUAUUGGUGAUGCGGACAGGAAAUGUUUUUAUUUUUUAUUUCAAAAAUUGGCUUUAAAAUGUAUAGGGAAAAUACUCCUUUCCUUAAGAUACACAAACGGGGUUAAACGUUUUUUUUUUUUAAAUAUCACGUACAAAACUACAAUAGUUACUAAUACUAAUAAGCUAUUUUUAUAUGGUCCAUAUUUUACUUGAUACUGUUGUAACUUUCAACUUGUUUAGUAAAUAAUUAUUACUAAAUUAUUGACGUUUAAACAUAUGAAAAUAGUUAUAAAUUCUGUUUUGUAGGUUAAGUAUAAAAUAUUACGCUUUGCUAUGGUUCUUAUAGAUUUUAUUCUUAUGCCAGUGAAUGUUUAGUUAAUUUUUUUCUUGAUCUUUUGUUAAGUUUUUUGAUACCAAUAUUAUUUUUAAAAAGGGUUUUACAUCAAUUAAUAAUAUAUUCUAGAAAAAAGUUAUCUACGGGGUGUGUAUUUGACUCAAACAAUUACUACUAAUACUUUUAACGGGGUCCCAUUUUACUGUUAUUAAUUAAACAUGUUUGGUUGGGAUUUUGAAUCAAUCAAAAACCCAGAAAUUGCUUAAAAUUUUAUCCGAAAUAUAGAGCAUAAGGCAUCUGAAAAUAUAUUUAGGUAUAAAGAUUUGUUUUGGAAUAAUUAUAUACUUACUGUUCCAUAUUUUAUUUUGAGUUUUGAAAAAAAUCUUUAUAUGUAAUUAUAUUUGUCCUAGGAUGCACAUUUUAAGCAAUAUCCAGAUGUUAAUUAAUCUCAAAAUCCAAGAAAACAUCUUAAUAAUUUUUUUGUACAUGGUUUGAAAAUGCCUUAAAUAAUAAAGGCCGACAUAAUUACUUAUACAUGGUCUUAACUAUUAUCUAAAACGCUGACUUAUAGAUCCAGUGUAAUCUUGUUUCAGCUUUAUUGCAAUUUUUGAUUUUGGGUUUUUCUUUAAUUAUUUUAAGAUACAGUUUUUUGUAUGUACAGUUUUUGUAUGAUAAAGCAAAUAUGGAAUUAAGGGAAAUUCAUGGACAUUUUAGGAUAAUAAUAAUAAUAAUAAUAAUAAAUUUCGCCUAUGGGAUAAAAUAGGUAUGUGGUCAAACUAAUGAUAUGAACUUAAAUGUACGAGUAACAUUACCUUUAGUUGUUUCUGAGAUAUUGAGAGUUCAAAAUUAGCAUGUAUAUAUAUAUAUAUAUAUAUAUAGAUUUCUGAUCAGAAAAGCAAAAUCUGACUUUUAAAAAUUUAAGAACAAUUUAUAUUCCGAUUACUCCCUAUUCCUAAUCCACACGUAUUUCUAUUUUCUAUUGCCUGUCCCUAAAAUUUGCCCUUGCCCUAUUCUAAUCUUUUUCCAAUAGUCUAGAUCUUGAUUUAAUAUCAAGAAGACAGCAAGAAGUACAGGUUAAAAAAAAUAGACAGAAAUCAAUAUAUUUUUUUCCCAUUUCUGAACUCUUAGUAUUUUUACCAUCGAAAUUUAGUUUUCAGCAUAUCAACAAUUAAAUAACAGAACAAAGAUACUUGAAAGCUUUUAAAUAUUCAUGAUCUAAAAUACUUUUAGUAAAUUAAAAUGUUAAAAGAAAAUUUAAUGUAAUGAAAUAAUAUAUAAUAACGACCCUUAAUGUUUAUUCAAAAUUCUUAGAACUCACACAAACAUUGCAAGUAAUCUCCAUAUUUUCUUUUAAAUAUUUUAUCAAUAAUUAAGUUAAAUUUGUCCUGGUUACAGUUAGAUAAUAAUAGUUAAAAUCAUGUAUCAAUUCCCAUAAUGUUUUAAUCAGAUAUUUAAAAAAAAACCCUAAGUGCCUUAUUUAUACACACCAACAUAUUUGUAUACAAAAACCCACCCUCUUUUAAGACUGCCAUUAAGAUCGUUAUAGAUCUAAGCUAAACCUAAUUUAUUUCCUUAUAUUUCUACUAAGUGUAGGUUUGAUGUUAUUGGUUAAGCUGUAAAUUAUCUGAUAUUAAAAUUUAUCCAUAGUGGUACAAGUUUGUUAAUUUAUUCAAAAUCUGAAAAACUUUUUUUUGUGUGAUUUCAGGUUUGACACUAUUUUUGGUAAUAGCACAUAUAUACUAGUUUAAUAUAUACUUUGAAAGUUUUAAUUACAUUUACAUAAAACCGACUCAAUCAUAAAUUAAAUUAAUUUUUGGUUAUGUGAUCUCAAAAAUCUGCAGUGCGCUUAUUAAAAGAAUCAUAAUAU